UCCAAAUAACAACAUCGGUGGCUGCUGCUCGCUGAGCUUCUCGCCUCAGUGAAACUGUUAUCAACGUAUCGGUCGGCGAACACCGGCUCGUUUCACAGUUAAUCAAAUGACAGUACAGUGAGGAAGCGAGUCUCACUCUGUAACAGGUUAAUGCUGCAAAAUGGAUUUUCUGCUCCAGGUGAAAAUAGGCGCUCUGAUCGGUUUGUUGCUCCUAACUCUUCUUUUUGGAUUUAUCCCUGCUCGAGUCAAAUGGUUCAGAGACACAAACGGCACAGAAACCCAUCGCACAGUCCUGAGUCUGAUCAGCUGUUUUGCUGGAGGCGUUUUCUUGGCAGCAUGUCUGCUCGACAUCAUUCCAGAUUAUCUGUCAGACAUCAACGCCGCGCUGGAUUCUCAGAAGGUGGAGAGCAAUUUCCCCCUCCCAGAAUUCAUCAUGGCUGCCGGCUUCUUCACCGUCCUCAUACUGGAGAGGCUUGUCCUGAACUGUCGGGAGAGGGCAGGGUCUCACGAGGAGAGGGCACCCCUCAUACAGGACAACAGAAAUGGACACGGCCAUGGCACAAGCCCUGAUCUGGAGAGCAGCAGCCACCAUGUCCAUGUUGACUUUCAGGCUCAUUCCCCCUUUCGCUCCUUCAUGCUCUUCCUCUCCCUCUCACUCCACUCGGUGUUCGAGGGUCUUGCUAUCGGCCUGCAGAGCACUGACUCAAAGGUAUUAGAGAUCUGCAUCGCCAUACUUGUCCACAAGAGCAUCAUAGUGUUCAGCCUGUCGGUGAAGUUGGUCCAGAGCGCAGUUGCUCCACUGUGGGUGGCUGCUUACAUCGGAGUGUUCGCCAUGAUGUCGCCUAUAGGCAUCGCCAUCGGCAUCAGUGUGAUGGAGGCUCAGCUGGAAGCUGGAGCGCUGGUCCAGGCCAUCCUGGAGGGGCUUGCUGCAGGGACGUUUAUCUACAUCACCUUCCUGGAGAUCCUCCCACACGAGCUCAACUCUCCCGGGAAGCAGCUUCUCAAGGUGCUCUUCAUUCUGCUGGGCUUCAGCAUCAUGGCAUCUCUGACGUUUAUGGGCUGAGGCCGGUCGUCGUUUGUGACCUGGAUGCUUUGUGGCAACUACCGCAGGUCACUAAGACUUGACUUUGUACAGAAAGACAAUCUUUAUCAGAAAAGAAGAAGGUUUACUGCUGCGCUGUUACACCCAACUCUGGAGUUUUUAAUGUCAAAGGGUGCAUGACAACGUUUUAUUAUGCUUCAUAUACUUUUAAUAAAGGAGGAGUUUGGAUGAUU